CUCCUCCAGCACGCAGAGAGAGAAGAGAGAGGAGCUGAGGAGGAGUUGUAAAAAAAAAACUUUGUGUCCCGGCUGGUGAGACGGAGGAGGAGCCGGCGGGAGUUGAUCCAGAGAGACCCGGAGACUGAAACAUGGGCCUCCUGUUGAGGCUCCGCAAGGAAUGGUUCAUCAUCGGGAUCGUGCUGGUCAUCUUAUCCGCCAAGCUGCAGCCAAGCGUCGGCGUCAAAGGAGGUCCGCUUAAGCCGGAGAUCACGAUCGCCUACGUUGCUGUUUCACUCAUCUUCUUCAACAGCGGCCUCUCGCUCAAAACAGAGGAGUUGACGAGCGCUUUGCUUCACGUCCGCCUUCAUCUGUUCGUUCAGUCGUUCACGUUGAUCUUCUUCCCGCUCGCCGUGUGGCUGCUGCUCAAAGUGCUCGCGCUGACCGCCAUCGACCAAUGGCUGCUCAGAGGGUUACAGACGGUGGGAUGCAUGCCGCCUCCGGUCUCCUCUGCUGUCAUUCUCACCAAGGCUGUCGGAGGCAACGAGGCUGCUGCCAUUUUCAACUCAGCGUUUGGAAGCUUCCUGGGCAUCGUAGUGACUCCGGUGUUGCUGCUGCUGUUUCUCGGCUCUUCCUCCUCCGUUCCUUUCUCCUCCAUCUUCUCGCAGCUCUUCAUGACGGUGGUGGUUCCUCUGAUCCUGGGUCAGGUGUGUCGGGGUUUCCUCAGGGAGUACCUGGAGCGCAGGAAGCCUCCGUUCGGCGCCGUCAGCAGCGUCGUUCUCCUCAUGAUCAUCUACACGACGUUCUGUGACACGUUCAGUAACCCGAAUAUAGAGCUGGACCCAACGAGCCUGCUGCUGGUCGUCCUCAUCAUUUUUUCCAUCCAGAUCAGCUUCAUGUUGCUCACGUUUGCCUUUUCUACCAGGUCGGGCUCAGGAUUCAGCCCUGCGGACACGGUCGCCAUCGUGUUCUGCUCCACACACAAGUCACUCACUCUGGGAAUCCCCAUGUUGAAGAUCGUGUUUGAAGGCUACGAGCACCUCUCUCUGAUCUCGGUCCCUCUGCUGAUCUACCACCCGGCUCAGAUCCUGCUCGGCUCCGUCCUCGUGCCGACGAUCCGCAGCUGGAUGACGAGCCGGCAGAAGGCGGUGAAGCUGUCGGCGCUGCAGCCCGUCUGACGACGACGAAAUGAGUGUUUUCGUGUGUGUGUGAUUAAAACAUGGACUCAGGCAGAGGGAUACGACUCACGUGCCUUAUUACAACCAACCAACCGAGACCUCAGCGUGGCGGAUGAUCACCAGUCGCCUCGAUAUUCUCCGUUUCUAUGACAACAACAAAAAAACUCUCCUAUUUCCAUCAUAUAUAUAUAUAUAUAUAUAUUCUUUUAUAUUUAAAAGAAGAAAAAGAAACAUGUUAUAUUUUUAUAUGGAGUACCCCCCCUGCAAAAAGGAAGGACGGCUGUUUUUAAACUGAGGAAGCGUUUGAUUUGCAAAACAGCACCUGCCAGCAGGAAUGGGACGGGUGGAGUUACUGGGACCAUUGUUUUUUUGGAUUUCUUUUUUUACUUUUCUUGCUAUUUUCUACUUUUUUCAACUCAGUUUUUUUCCUCUCUUUCACUGCCAGGACGAUUGUGGACGUUUGUUACAUUUAUGUUCUUGAUAGACCAAACUAAUGCUGGAUUACGUGACAUUUAAUAUACAAUAUAACAAGGACAACAAUGUCUGUUUUUUAUUUGUAUUUUUUAUUUUGACACUUUCUGAAAUAACUUUUUUUUAAUUUGAAAUGACUGUUUAAUGAAUGAUUUAUCCAAAAAAUGAAGGUAAAACAUGAUUACUGGAACU